AUGGAACCAUCAUCCCAGGAAGAGACAUUCCUGCUACAACCUCAUCAUCCCAUCUUCAGAAAAGCUGCGGAGGCUCUAGAUGACGAGGGUAUCCCUGUCGUGGAGUACGGGCAACAGUUAGAGUGGCGUCAUGGAGACCCUGUAGUCCUUCUGCUUGUCGAGUGGGCAGUCCCCGAUGAAAUGCUCAGUCGUUCAUCGCAGAUCCUCUCAGACCGUGGAUUUUUCUGUGAGCGCCCAUCCACCCGCGACACUGACAGAUACGGACCGUGGGAGCGAGGUGGCAAAAUCCACAAGCUACAUGGCGGUUUCAAAUUACUUCUCUACCCAUUGUCGUUUGUUGGCAUUUCGCUCCAGGAUACAGUCGAAGUCAUCUCUACCUUUGAUCGCAGGCGAAAGAUCUUGACGCCAACACCUCGCAUGUACAUGGAAUCAUUGAUUGGUCAUCUCCUCGAUCACCCGGUGGGCGAUUGCAUCAGGUGUCGAGUAGAAGAGUUUCUAUUGUCGUUUAUAUCCUUUUACAUUUUGCGCGAAGAGCCGCUGAAUACAAAGGAGGGUGAAUGGGACGACCAGGAGAGCGAGGAAGAUUUUCAGAAAAGAGCUGGGGAUGCAAUAAUAAAGAUGAAGACUUGGGAUUGGAACGCCAGCGGAAAAAAUUACCUUUCCAUUGCUGAAUCUGUCGUUCGCAACUGUCAGUCUAUCGCGAAGCUAUCUAGUCAUUGA